GAAAAUCUCAAAGUGUGUUUUAAUCUAUGCUUCUGAAGCUACGUUACAGGCUAUAAUCAUAAUAUCAUAUUUAUUCAUAAUUUAUUUCAUUGAUAUGUAGCCUACUUUAAGUAAAAUAAGUUUCAGAAGCAAUGCUCAUCAUUAUAAUAGGAGCAUAAAAUAUCAUAUUAUUGAAGUGUCCCAAUGUGGGCAGAUGGUCAAGGAUUUGUUUUAGACAGAAUAACUGGAUUAAAAAUAAGAGUACAAUAAUGUUCUAUAUAUGUCAAAAUAUUCAUACAAUAAUACAGAAGGUAUAUUAGCUAACUUCGAAGUUUCAAAAAUGUGUUUGUUGCCAGCCUGACACUCACUAAUUUCCCUCAACUUGAAGUGUACCAACGUGGGAUUGUCCCAACGUAGGCUGGUUCACCCUAGAGGUGAUAGGUAGAAGCAGGUUACAACUACAAGAAAACAAAAAUGUCCAUCGGUCUCACAAACCUAUGGUCACCAGUUGAGGGUUAACCUUAAUGUAUGAAAUUUAAUAAAUACUUCACAUUAUUACCUGUUCAUUAAUAGAUGGCUACAUUUUUGACUUUUUAUUAUACUAGCAUUAAUUCAGUUCAUUUUAUCGUGAAAAAUAAACUCAGCACGAUUAAAUAGGGUUACAAGUUUCAGAAAACAAAAUCACAUAAAAAUUUGAAAUGUUGGAUGGCAUUUAAAACAAUUUCAACUUUUCAAGUUAUAAAGACACUUUAACAAAGAAUAAUUGAUAAUAUAAAGUUCUAUUCAACACUUUGAAUCCACCUAGUUUGAAAUCAGUUAUUUGAGAAUAAAAACUAUUGAAUUAAUCAAACAGUAUUAUAAUUUUCAGAUAACAUUCUAGUAACCUUGUUAUCGCAAGAACGUCUGAAAUCCAGCAAGAAAGAGAGAAUAUGGAGAAUACAAGUAAUUCCUUUUGGAAUAUUUGUGGUGACAAGGAUGAAUUACAUCAAGCUUUAAAGAUUGUAAAAGAGGAGUUAUUUGUCUUGGGCUAUCCAGCUAUUCACAAAUUCCCAACAACUGAUUCAAGCAAUGAUGGUCUUGUGAUUGAUUUGAUCAACACAACAUGGAAUCUCACAAGAGAAGUUAAAAAGCACAGGUUACAAAAGAAGGACACUAUCAAUGAUCAAUCUUAUCAAAAGCAAAGGAGUGAGCAGUCACAGAAAGAGCUGGAAAAACUACAAGGCAAAGUUGACAUGUUAGAGAUGCAAAACAAAAGGUUACAUAACGAUUUACAGAAUGCUAGUUCAGGCAAAGACGAAGCAGUAAAAGACACUUCACUUGCCAAGGAUAAUAUAGAACAAUUGAAAAAGAUCAUGGAUUUUAACAAUAGACGGUACAUAAUCAAUCUCAGGAAAAAAGAAUUGGAGCUUAGAAGUCUGCAAAAUAAAUUUGAGAACCUUUGUAAGACAGGAACAAGAGACAAUGUGAGAAAAGAAGAUGAGAAUAAUCUAAAUAAGAGUAACACGAAUGAAAGUAACAAACAGAUUGAGUUAGAGAAGAAUAGCCACAGGAGGGUUGUGUCGAGACUGGAGAAAAAUUUGGAAGAAUUGGUUGGAGAAAAUAUUAAUCUCCAGCAACACUUUGAAAAACUUGGACGAAUAAUUUACAAUGUCCAUGCAAGAAUUUCUUCUAUAAAGAGAACAUAUCUGGACAGCGAAGAAGUGGAAAUGCCUGACCAAGAACAAUUAUUUCAAUUAUCUUGCAAUGAAAGCAUGGAUUCCUAUUUCGGUUCUAUUUCUCAAAUUAUAGAGGACACUUUCGAUGCAUUGAUCAAUAAAUUAUCGCAACAGUAAAUUAGUAGCCAGUAAGAGGAAAUUGCCUUUCGAUAUUCAAAUUGCAACUUGAAAUUAUAGAAAUAGUUAACAACUUUACUACUAGCCAAAGAGUUUCUAAUAGUUUUAUAGUCUAGUCCAGUUGCAGUUUGCCAAUUUUUCAUAGUCAUUAGAGUACAAAUUUUAAUACUCAAAUUAGGCUUAUGCAGUAUGAAACGUUUUUUUUUUUUGUAAUUUACUGACUGUACUUAUAAUAAUCAAUUUUGUGUUUUUGUAAUUUACAGUACUUAUAAUAAUUAAUUUUGUGUCUUUGUAAUUUUCUGUAAUUUUGUGU